UGGUGGUGCGGGGUCGCUCUCGCGCUGCGUGUGAGUGGUGCUCCUGCCGCCGAGACGCGGCGACCGGCGCGCCUCGCUGUCGAUGGUGACCGCUGCUCGGACCGACGACCAUGGCCGGCCCGCAGGCGGUUGACCUCUGUUGGCUGGUGAUCAUCUCUGUGACCCUGAAUGUGACCGGCGCGUGCAGCUGGCUGCUGGAGGCGGUCAGGGACCGCGCCGACCGCUGCAGGUCCGGGGAGACCGCCGAAGCGGCGCCCCCCGCGCGCGACAGGAUCAAGAUGUACAGGCUGGUGGACCUGGUGCUAAGCCAGGCGCUGGCGCUGUACGCGCUGGCGCUGCUGCUCUGGCUGCCGCUGCUGCAGGAGAGCUUCCUGCCGGCCUCCGCCGAGGUGGCCCGCUUCGCCCUGCCCGCCGUCUGCGUCGGCAUCGGACGACACGUCUUCUGCUCGUUGCGCGGCUGGCGCAGUGGUCGCAACGCCAUGCCGAGUGUGGCGCACGCCGUCUCAGCCGUCUGCCACCUGCUCUUCCUGCAGACGCGUUGCAAUCUCGUGUUCGCCGUGCUCGCCAUGCUGACUGAGCUGGGCGGCGUGUUCAUCCAGGCGACGGCCGUAGUGGGCGAGCGACGCGCUGCCACCGCGCCCAGUUGGGCUGCAGGUGUCGGCGUUAUCUUCGCUGUCACCUUCAACGGCCUCGUCUACCUGAUCGUGCUGGCGCUGGCGCUGGCGCGCCGCAGCCCGAUGACUAUGCCGCCGCUCGCCGUCGGCCUCUUCUUCUUCUACAUCACCUUCAGCUUUAUCAUGAACACGUACUCCAUCUACCUGGUGAUGGCGGCGUUCUUCAACAGCGUGCUGGAGGCGCGCGUGAGCUCGGCCCUGCAGCGCAGCGGUCCGGCCGGGCUGCCCGUGCAGCCCCAGGCCCUGGCCAACAUCCGCUCCACGCUGGCCACCAUUGAGAUCGAGGGUGGCGAGCCGCCGCGCACGCCCGACGGGCUCAAGUUCUCCGACGGUGACCUCCUCAUCAAGAACAUGGCGUAGGGCGGCGUGGGGAGGUGGACUGUACCCGCGUGCUGUGAGAUGUGAUAGGAGCACCUCGGCGAGCGCCGGGCGCCGACCGGGAGCCAGGACGCGCGCUGGAAUGAGGAUCAGGCGACAGUGUCCGCUGCGACAUAACGCAAACACCGCUGGAGGCUGUCAGAAGCUUGCGUCGAAGCUGAUAUCAACUGUGAAUACGCCGAACCGUGGGCGGCGGCCGUA